AUGGAUAGUAGUGGCGUCGACGAGGUUGACCGGCUCGCGGAGCAGAUGUACGCCAGCCCGGAUCCACUGGUCCGACAACAGGCACAGGCAUCACUGGAUGUGAUCAGCAAGGGAGACACCGAUAGCGCCUUGUUCUACGCGAUUCUUCAGAAGUCAAGCAACCAGUACACCCUCCUGUUUAUUGCACAGAGUAUCGUGUUGUGGUUUAAAUCUACUCGGAAGUGGCUGAGUGAUGAGCAGAAGCGCGAUCUGAUAGUGGUUCAUUGUGGUGGAUGCCUCAAGCGUGUCUACGACAAUGGCGCGCCAAAGCAUGUCUUGAUGAGUCUUCUUACGGCAUAUGCGAAGCUAACGAAGCUUGCUUUUGAGACCGAGCCUUUUUUAGAAAACGCCGUGGACUUUCCGCUCGAGCUGCUGCUGCAGCAGCCUGAGGGCUCCUCUCUGCGUUUGCUCAGCCUGAUGCUGCUCAACACAAUGGUUGUGGAGUUCUCCAAGUAUGACUCCAGCAAGUCCCAGACUUACCUCACGUUUGUAGCACAUCGUCACUGCAGCAGCAACUUCAAAGAAAAGUCACUUCUUAAUGUAUUCAUGGCGGCAUUGAAACACCUAGAGGUGACAACAGCGAACUCCCCGCACGUUGCGGAGGUUGUGAAGCUUGUGGAGAACUGUCUAUGCUUCGACUUCCGAGCGAUUAUGGUAGAUGAGACGGAGGAGUUGCCCUUUGUUCAAUUCCCUUCCACCUGGAAGUCCACUUUGCUGAAUGAGCAGAACUUACACACGCUUUGGGGGCAACAUGCGGCGCUGCCGUACCCACACUGUGCGGAUCUCCUCGCAGGCCUCACCGGUAUCUGCGGCGUUCACCGCACCUUCUUCGAUUCAGCAGAGGAGCGUGUACAGUACUUGCAGUACACACUGGAUGUGCUGACGGAUGUGGCGAUGCUGCAGGAUGGUCGCCUGAAGAUCCCGCGAUAUAUUGAACUCCUAAUCGAGGCGUGUCGGCGGAUUCUCCUAUCGUUUGGCUAUCGAGAGUUGCGGGCAUUGGCCUCCUUCGAGCGGUGGGUCAGUGCACUUCAGAUGCUAUCCACAGGGGUGCUGUCUGUUCCGUUCGGACAGGAGGGUUGCUUUGGGACGUCCACCACCGUGAUGUCUUUCUGGUCUGCCCUGACGACGUCAAAGCGGCGCUCAUUCGUGGACCAGACCCCACGCGACAUUGAGGACGUGGCAGCGCAGCUGCUGCAGUCCUUUCUCGAGGCCCGCGUCCGCGGCUCCGAGGCGGGCAGUCCGUGCACGCUGUCGCUUGGCGAUGAUGAGGGUGGUGCCAACCUCAUGGAGGCAGUGCUCUCGCAGUCGGACGCGUACGCCACGGUGUGCCUGCUGGACCCCCCCACGUGCCUUAACAACCUCGCGACGUACCUCAACCAGAGCGUCGGCAUGUCGAUCCUCUCCUCCCCGCUCGCGACGGGGUGGCUCUUUUACCUCGCCGGCAGCAUUGUGCGGCUCGUGCUGUUCAAUAUGGAAGACAACGGCGUGGAACCAUCGUCACAUGUCUUUGCGUACGUCACCGGCUGCGCCACACACCGGCUGCGCCGCGACGGCGACCCUGCCAUGUUCGGCAGCUUUGUCGAGCGCGGUGUGCUCCACUUCCUCACCGGUGUACAGCUGAUGCUGGGCGGCACGCGUCACAGCAACCUCUCUGCGGUCAUCGUCAACGUUUUUCAGAACCGAGUGCGGCUGUUUCAAUUCGCGCUUGACAAUGUUGGGCACAAUUUGUUGCGCGGCGCCGAUGAUGCGGAUGCGGCGGAGAUCAUUCGAGCGUCAGCGGACUUGAUCAGCGACGCGUGCCACGACGCACCGCCAUCGCUGCUGCGUGAUUUGUCCUUCGAUCUCCCACCCACCGCGGAGCUCCCGCUUGCACGGUCGGAACAAACCUACAAGCUUCGCACCAACGUGAUGAGGGCACUGUGGUUCCUACGCAAGACAUCGCCAUGCACGCGUGAGAUGAUGGAGUCAUACCUCCAUAACGUUGAGAUAAACAUGCAGCAGACUGUAAAUAGUGAGGUGACGAACCCAAGCUUUGUCGCUGGUUGGCUCCGAGAUCUCCGCGGUGCGUGCCAGGCGCUGAAUGAAGACGAGCCUGUUUUUGGUGACUUUGUUGAUUGGUUCUGUGCGCGUUUCCGUAUGUUUCUGAUGGUGUUGGAUGUGGCUUCGGAUUCACCGGUGGUAGUGAACGCUCUGAUGCGUUUCCUCUGCGAGCUCGUGACGCCUGGGCGGUGCGGGCGGCUGCAUGUGCCUUCGAAUAGCAACAGUGCUGUUGGCCUGAUGCUAUUCAAACACAUUUGUGGUCUCAUUGCGAAGGUUGGGGAGAAGAGUUUCUCUGCGGAACGCAUUGCAGCACACAAUGGGUCUUCGCUGGACUAUGACAAGACGUUGAAGCCGUGGAUGCUUUCCAUGAAUAUCUUAAAGCGAUGUGUACAGGGCUCGUUUGUCCCAUUCGGGGCGAUGCUGUACUACAAUGACGACAUGUUCGAAAGUACCAUUGUGGAGCUUAUACGCAAUCUCUCGCGGGUGGGACCGAAUGCGUUUAAGGAGCACGCGAAGUUCGCUGCCUCCGCCCUCGACCUGCUGCGCUCCCUCACAGAAGAGAAUCUGUACUUCCCACUGCGGCACCUCACUGGCGAUGAGUUGCUCUCACUUGUAGGCAUUGUUGUGAUGAUCUGCGAGGACGUAGACACACCGUCUGGGACGCUGCUGCAUGGGCUAAGUUUCCUCGCGUUCGUGGCGGGGCUCGUCCGCGAGGUGAAGGCAAUUGUGUUCACGCCCUUGCAGCAGGCGGACAUGUCGUGCAGCAGCGGCACCCCGCCGCCGACCCCGUCGACACAGGGCUUUUACGUGACGCAUCUGGCGCUGCCGCUGCACGGCGGACGGCCUGUUACAAACAGCCGACCGCCGCGGUUUACACGUGAGGUGCGUGAGCAGCUCGCAGGGCUGCUUGCACCACACGAGGAUUUAUGGCAGCUCCUCAUUGCGACAGCGAUGAACAUCAUUGUGUUUCAGGAUCGCGCCGUGAGCGCGAGCAGUGGAGUGGCGUAUCCGAUAUUUGAAGCGCACCCCCCGUUUUGGUACGCCUUCGUGGAGCAGCUGGUGGCGGCGUACCCGGAGCAGAAGCAGGCGGGCGUGCGUGAGGCACUGUCGAACCUCACCAACGCCGCAGAGACGCGGGAGAAGUUCUUUUCGGAAGUGUUCGUCUUUCGGCAGGCUCUUCGCCGUGUUGGUGCGUGA